UGUAGAUCUCUACUAUAAGAUACCUUGUAAUCAUAAACAAAGAGUUAUCUUUAUUGAAUGCCUCUAAUUAUUAUUCGUAUAUUGUCUUAAGAAUAACAAAAGAGUGUGUACUGUCCAUUUCUUUGUGUUAGUGUCAUUGGUUUACUUUGCACAAUUACAUGUAAACCCUUAACAUAAAUGGAAGGAUUUGAUGCCAUAUAUUACGAAGAAGAGGAAGAAAUUCCUGACGGCAGCGGCGAUCAUGCCAACAUAACGUUGCUUCCCGAUCCGGUCAUUAUCCGAGGUGCAGGAAACAUGACUGUAUUUGGUUUAAGUAAUCGUUUCAGCACCGAGUUCCCUAGCGGUUUAGUAUCACGUGUGGCACCUGAAGAGUUUACAGAAACUGUUUUACGAAUUAAUACCGUACUGAAGAAAACAUUACCCGUGAAUGUUAAAUGGUUAUUUUGUGGAUGUUUAUGUUGUUGUUGCACAUUUGGAUGUUCCUUGUGGCCAGUGAUAUGUCUCAGUAAGCGGACGCAACAUUCUCUGAAUAAACUACUGGAGUGGGAAAAUAGCUACUUGUAUCAUAAGUUAGGAUUACACUGGCGACUGUCAAAACAAAACUGUGAUUCCUCAUCGAUGAUGGAAUACGUCAUACUAAUAGAAUUUCUUCCAAAAAUACCCAUACACAGACCGGACUAGCAUAAGGUGCAAUAAUUGUAAUUAACAUAAAUUUAAUGUUCAAUUUAUAGAGUGCUUAGAUGUAGUAAUAAUUUAGUAAACAUUUUGUAUAUUUGCUAAAUAUGUUUAUAAUGUGAUAAUGAUUUAAUAUAUACAAUUUUCUUUAGGUUAAGUUUUAUUUUUAUUUUCAAAACCAUUUCGCACAAAUGUAUUUGAAAUUAAUGUCAAGGGCUAGAUCAUUGUCUGUGUUCGAGAUUGAGGGUCACCUCAAGAUCUCUUAUUUAGCGAGAUACGAAAUAUUUGUGAAAUAUAAUUUUAUAUGUGACA